AUGCCUAACGACGAUUCAUUCAGCAAGCCCUCUACACCGACGGCGGAGGUCCCGCACGCUCCGGGGGCCCCGCCGCAGGGCAAAGCCGGCGGCUACGGUAAAGCGGCCGGGGCGAUGGCGGGAGCGGCCGGGGGCUCCGGCGCGGGGGGCAGCGGAGGCGCCUCGGGCUCCGGGCCGUCGGGCCUGGGCUCUGGAAGCAAGAAGUCCCCGAGGCUGCCCAAGUGCGCUCGCUGCAGGAACCACGGCUACGCGUCGCCGCUCAAGGGCCACAAGCGCUUCUGCAUGUGGCGGGACUGCCAGUGCAAGAAGUGUAGCCUGAUUGCCGAGCGACAACGCGUGAUGGCGGCGCAGGUGGCCCUGAGAAGACAGCAGGCCCAGGAAGAGGAACUGGGCAUCAGCCACCCCAUCCCGCUGCCCAGUGCAGCUGAGCUGCUGGUCAAGAGAGAGAAUAAUGCCAGCAACCCGUGCCUGAUGGCUGAGUCCAGCAGCUCGGCCCAGCCUCCACCGGCCAGCAGCCCCACCUCUGCUGCCUCAGAGGGACGCAUGGUCAUCCAGGAUACUCCUGCUGUCACCAGCAGAGGGCAUGCUGAGAACGCACCUGACCUGGUGUCUGACCCCGCCUACUACAGCAGCUUUUACCAGCCAUCUCUGUUUCCUUACUACAACAACCUGUACAACUACCCGCAGUACUCGAUGGCUCUGUCUGCUGAGUCCUCCUCUGGGGAUGUGGGAAAUCCCCUUGGGGGAUCCCCUGUGAAGAACAGCCUUCGGAGUCUCCCAGCACCUUAUGUGCCUGCGCAGACUGGAAACCAGUGGCAGAUGAAGACCUCAGAGAGCCGCCACCCGGUGAGCUCCCAGUACAGGAUGCACUCAUACUACGGGCCUCCCUCCUACCUGGGCCAGAGCAUGUCCCAGAUCUUCACCUUUGAGGACGGCCCCUCCUACUCAGAAGCCAAAGCAAGCGUGUUCUCACCGCCCAGCAGUCAAGAUUCCGGCUUGGUUUCCCUCUCCAGCAGCUCUCCGAUGAGCAACGAGAGCACCAAGGGAGUUCUGGAAUGCGAAACUGCACCCUCUGAGGCUAGCAGUUACCCUGUCAGCCAGGUCCUGGAAGAGGACGAGGACGAGUGAGCCGCUGGUCGGUCGACUCCCGGUGUCCACAGGGUAGUUAGCAGAGGGCUUGUUCUGUUCUCCGCAGGGUUUGUUGUUUGAUUUGACUGUUCCCGUUCACAAAUUUUGGUUCAUAUUCCUUAGAAUUAGGUUAAAACACUUGUAACAGUGCAGGGUUCCUGACUACCAACUGCAAAAGAUCAAAGUGCCUGGCUCACCAAGUUUAAACAGUAGUUGAGUCUCUCUCCCUCCCCACGCCUGUCCCCCACCCCCCAACCCCCUUCCUGAGAAACUAAUUGACUGUCCUCCGACCAAGUAAUCGAAAUUACAGGCUAUUUUGGGAGUUAAAAUGAAAUCUUAGGUGCCUUAGAUUGUUAUCAAGUUUUCAGGAUUUUUUUUUUUGGUUUUU